AUGAGCAACCUCCAUCACAUCUCCGCUCGUUUUCGCGAGUCUACCUCUCCCGCAGGCUUGCGAGCUCCUUCCGCCGACUUGGACAAUCUGAUCAAGCUCGAAUCCGAAGAGGGAGAAAGAAAGCCGUCGAUUGUGGGCGAGGAGGAAGACGUGAAGCCAAUGUCGUAUCAUUCCGCGAGCCAACCAUGGUACACGGACGGCCCCAACGAGACCCUACGUAUCCCUCCUACCCGUGAUGCUACUUUUUAUCAGCUCGUCAUGCCCAAACUACUUGCGCAAAGGCUUUGCGCGGAAGAGCGACCGGGAGUCGAACUCGGUAAAAUGCGCGUGUAUGCCGCGGGCACGCCUCAGGAAAGAAGUUUUCUCGUCUUUCCUCGUCAAGAUGGGAGCGGUAAGGACGACAUCUAUGAGCUGUCUGCACAGGAAACUGGUACUUCGCACGAGCUCGUCGUCGCAAUGCAACCAGCAGCACAAGCAACCGCGCGUGAACGGAAAGCCCCUUCGUCUACCAGUUUCACGCCUACACGCAAGCACGAAUCCGAAUCAGAUGAACAUCUUCUCUCGCUUGAAGACGAUGGUCCUGAGCACGAGGGGGCGCCCGUAUACCACACGCGACUCUCUGGGCCUAUCAUCGCCCAUCUGCACGCCAAAGCAACUUCAGUUGCGGUAUCUGGUCGACCCAUGAACCCAGAACCAGUACCGAAAAGCAAGUUGUUGAAGAAGCGCACUCUCGCAGUCCCACCAAGUAUGCUUCGUCAUAGCAUGCUCGGACUCCCAGCGGGAAAGCAUACUUUGGUGAUGCCUACGGGACCUAGUGCUACGGCAAAGUCCGGCCCCAAGGACAAGCGCACGCGUACCCCUCGGAAUGUCUUACUAGACAUGCUGUUCGAAGCAUUCAAAGAGCAAUCUCAGAUGUCGAUGAGAACUCUCCUCGACGUUACGAAUCAGCCGGCGAGGUAUCUGAAAGAAGUUCUCGCUGUUGUCGCCGUCUGCAAGAAUAAUAUCUGGAUGCUCAAAGAUGAGUUCGCGCAUCAGAGGACCAGAGCAGCCGCUGUGGGCAACCUUCCUACGCCUUCCAACGAUGUCGACGAGGAGGAAGAUGAUGAUGAUAUGGAAGAGGUUGUUUGA